AUGCCCCCUCAAGCCGUCCCGGCAGCAGCAUCCACAAUCUCGUCAUCCUCCUUCAGGAUGGACAAAGUCCUCACAGACCUCGAAAGCCUACGCAACACAAUCCGAGAGCAAGAAGAUAAGAUCGAGUUCCAAGCUAAGAAGAUCACGGACCUGGAAACAGAGAGGAACAGGAUACAACGUCUCUUCCACACAGAGCAAGACGCGAACGAUCUUUUGGGAGACGAGGAACUUGCGCAACUUGACGUCGCGGAAAGGAAGGCAAAGGUCUUGGCGGAAAUAAAGGCCGCUGCGAAGGGAGUCGUGGUGGCGUCGGGCAUUGGCGAUUUGAUUGGGCUGGGCCAGGCCCUUGGCUGGGCUGAAGAAGGUGCUCGAGGAGUAGAUCCCGUCAGCGUAGGCAUGCACCACUAA